AUGUCCUUCUCGACCUACCUGGGGUAUUUCCUGGGAGGUUAUACCGCUCUGACGGCCUUCUUCUACCUACUCUCGCUCAUGUCGUCCAAAGCUGGCUUUAUAGCGCGCUGUCUAGCCUCCUACAUCUGCCUGCUCAUAAGCGCCGCCUACGGCGCCAUCGUAUCGAUCGCACUCAGCUGCGUCGGCCACCGCCAGAUCGCGCAAUGGACCACCGGCCGCCUAUUCAAGUGGACCAUGGCUGCCACCACCGGCGUCACCUUCGAAAUUAUCGACCCCAAGGGCCACCUCAACAAGACUAGACCCGCCGUUUUCGUCGGCAACCACCAGACAGAGCUCGACGUACUCAUGCUGGGCUGCAUGUUCCCAAAGUACUGCAGCGUGACGGCGAAGUCCAGCUUGAAGAAACUGCCCUUCCUGGGGUGGUUCAUGACCCUGAGCGGCUCGGUCUUUAUCGACCGCAAGAACAGCAAGGACGCGCGCGCGGCCAUGAGUGGCGCGGCAGAGCAGAUGAAGACCUUGAGGCAGAGCGUAUACAUGUUCCCCGAGGGCACCAGGAGCUAUGCCAAGGAGCCCAUGCUGCUGCCCUUCAAGAAGGGCGCUUUCCAUCUUGCCAUCCAGGCCCAAGUGCCCAUCGUGCCCGUUGUCGCGGCCAACUACAGCGACUUGCUGUACAUCAAGGACAUGGUCUUCAGGUCUGGCAAGAUCCCUUGCAAAGUUCUGGACCCAAUUCCUACAGCAGGUCUUACUUCGGCGGACGUGGAUGAGCUGUGCAACAAGACUCGGGAAGUGAUGCUCAAGGAAAUCAUCAAUCUCACGUACACGACUCGUGGCCACGAGGCCCCCAUCGCGGCGUCAACUGUCAAGGCCAGUGGGGUUGACUUGAAGCAAUGA